GCCGUCACACGCGCCCGUGGGGUUCAGGGAGGGCUGCUGGAGACGCUGCUGCACCUCGUCUGAGCAGGAUGGAGGUCUGAAAGGAGACAUCUCUCUCUUCUCAUCUCCUCCUUCUCCUCCUCCUCCUCCUCCUCUUCCUCCGCCGCCGCUGCUGCUGUCGGGCUUCAGGGGAUCAUGCAACACCUUAAACCGUGGCGAGCUCUGCUCCUGCUGACCGUGCUCUGCCAGCCGGGAGUCUCAGACAAAUACGGUUGCCUGUUUGACAGAAAACUGUGCACGAGGGAUCAGUUCUGCUCAGAUGAUUUGUUGUUUGGUCAGUGCCGAAGCUCGAAGCAGGACCUGGUCCAGUACCAGGUGUCAGUUCCUGUCUGGAAGAGGUUGCAGUGGGUCAUCAAACAGCUCAUGCGGGAAGGGCUAUCAUGGCGGGAUGACCUCACCCAGUCUAUUUUAUCGAUGGAGCUGAAGAGAGUUCCUCACACCACCCUCCCCUUGAAGCCAAACUCGUCAUCCUCCUCUUCUCAUUCGUCCCAGUUUAAACAGCACGUCCCUCAUCACCAAAGCUCAAAAUCGGCCCCCUCGCCAUCUGCUAACAAACACACGGACUACAUGAUACUGCACGAUCCUCGCUCACUGCUGGACAUGCAAACCGAAUCUAUGGGUCCAUACCAAUACGAACAGUACAUGGCCAAACAGCGGGAGUGGGAGCGAGAGUUUCAGCUGAAGCGCGACAGGCAGCUGCUCCAGGAGGCUCUUUCCCUCUACUUCUCGUCCCUUCAGCCGUCGUACCGCCACCGCGGGGCUGCUCCCAUGCCUGCUGCAGGCCUGCCUCAUUAUGAGGACCUAAAGCUGGAGAUACCAGUGGACUAUGUGGAAGACUACACCCUGGAGGAAAGACUUGGUACUGCAGGAAGGCCAGAACCUAUGCAGAGCAAGAAGGUUCCCCAGGACCUCAGCGCAGUGUCUGGAAACAGCGACAACUUGCUCCAGAGGGUGUCAGCAGUGCUGCAGAAGCACAGAAUCGACCCCAGAGAGCUCAGUCAGGAGCAGCUUUAUAUACUCGCCCUCAUACUGGCUAGACAGGCCCAAGACAAAACAGAUCCAAUUGAAAAAGACCUCAUCGCCCAGAAAGAGAUGCAGCUGCUGAAGACCGACACCGUGCCCAAAAAGCUGGAGAAGCCCGCUCUUUCCCCCGGCCCCCUGGACGCCCCCCCUGCCCAGUCUUCUGCCUCGCCGCCAGCGCCCACGCCCGCCCCCAGUGGGCCGGGGAUGCCGCAGGUGGAGGGUACAGGGGGCAAACAGGAGUACGGAUACAUCGUCACCAACCAGAGUCCUUUGACUCUGGACAAUGGUGUUAAGCUGUUGUUGCUUUUGGCAAAUAAAAUCCACUUAACAGCGAGUAGUUUAAUCAACAUCAGUCCUGUCGGGUCUGCGUUGAUUUUCCGUAUCCGGCAGAAUGAACACAACAUGACGGCUGCAGAGGUAGCUGCUAAAGCUGUGUCUGAAAAGGACUUCCUGGAGAGUGAGACAGGAAUGAAGAUUGUCCAGACCGGUGUGGGAGAGUUUACUGAUGCGAGGAGUCUCCCUCAGGUCGCCCGGGUUUCCCAGGGCUCCAGCGGGACUGUCAUCACCCUGGUUUCCAUGGCAGUGGUUGGUGGCGUGCUGGUCGUGGCCAUGGCCGUAGCUUGCCUCAGACACUAUGCUCAGCAAGUCGCCAACAGCAAGCUUGGCCUGGGUCCAGAGGGCGGAGCGGAGACUCACUUUGACUACCAGGAGCUAUGUCGGCAGCACAUGGCAUCUAAAUCCUCCUUGUGCCGCCAGGAAUGUGUGGGAGGGGUUAGUAGCGGCAUGGCGGGGUCCGCCAUAGGCACGGGUGCCGGCGGCCGGAGGGGUACGGACACCUCCCGCGUCAGCAGCGUCUCCUCUCAGUUCAGCGACGGGCCCCAGCACAGCCCGUCCUCCACCCACAGCUCCACGCCGUCCUGGAGUGAAGAGCCCGCCCAGUCCAACAUGGACAUCUCCACCGGCCACAUGAUUCUGACGUACAUGGAGGAUCACCUGCGUAACAAGGACCGUCUCCAGAAGGAGUGGGAGGCGCUGUGCUCCUAUCAGGCUGAGCCCAGCUCAGUCGCUGUGGCUCAACUCCCAGAAAACAUGGACAAAAACAGACACGUGGAGUCGCUCCCCUAUGAUCACUCUCGAGUAAAGCUGAAGACCGAAGUGAAUCCCAGCAAGCAUGAUUACAUCAAUGCCAGCAUCAUUUUUGACCACGACCCUCGCCAGCCAGCUUAUAUCGCCACACAGGGACCUCUGCCCCACACUGUCACAGAUUUCUGGCAGAUGGUGUGGGAGAACGGCUGCACGGUGAUCGUGAUGAUGACGGCUCUGGUGGAGGACGGAGAGAAGCAGUGCGAGCGGUACUGGCCCGACGAGGGCUCGUCUCUCUACCACAUCUACGAGGUGAACCUCGUCUCGGAGCACAUCUGGUGUAAGGACUUCUUGGUGCGCAGCUUCUACCUGAAAAACGUUCAGACGCAGGAGACGAGAACCGUGACGCAGUUUCACCUGCUGAGCUGGCCGGCUGAAGGCAUCCCCACCUCCACACGGCCGCUGCUGGACUUCCGCAGAAAGGUGAAUAAAUGCUACAGAGGCCGAUCCUGCCCGAUCAUCGUUCACUGCAGUGACGGGACUGGCAGGACUGGGACGUACAUUCUCAUUGACAUGGUGCUGAACCGCAUGGCCAAGGGGGUGAAGGAGAUUGACAUUGCAGCUGCGCUGGAGCACAUCAGAGACCAGAGACUCGGAUUGGUUCGCUCCAAGGACCAGUUUGAGUUUGCUCUGACAGCAGUAGCUGAGGAAGUGAACGCCAUCUUGAAAGCGCUGCCACAGUGAGACACACAACAGUGGAAUGCAGACACACACAAAGGAAGAAGAAGAAGAAGAAGAA